AUGCCUGUCGACUACAGCAAAUGGGACGCUCUCGAGCUGAGCGACGACUCAGACGUCGAAGUGCACCCCAACGUCGACAAGCGCUCCUUCAUCCGCGCCAAGCAAAACCAAAUCCACAUGGAGCGCCAACAACGCAAGCGACAGAUCGAGACCUUCAAAUACGAGCGCAUCAUCAACAACAGCCUGAUCCAGCGCAUCUCGGGCCUGCUCACCUCCCUCCAGGCCCACGCGGCCGAGGCCAAGGCCGGAAACCCGGGCGAGGUCGCCUUCCGCGCCGUGAUGGAGUCGGCCGCGGGGCUGGACCCCCAAGCCGACCAGCCGCCGCCGCGUCCGGAAGGCGUGCAUGGCUCUGAGGAGCCGCUGCCGUCGUAUACGAAGAUGAUGGCUACGCUGCUGGAUCAGGUGAACAAGGCGUUGGACGAGAAGAAGGUUGAGCAGGGUGAGCGGUAUGAUGGGAUGGUGGCGGAGAUUGGCGAGCAUCUGAAGAAGGUCACGGAUCUGCAGGGAGAGCUGGAGAAGCAGCUGAAGGAGUUGGAGAAGGUGGAGGCGAGCAAGAUUACGAGUGAGGGGAUCCAUACGGGCUUUGAUAGCUCGUUUGUUAACAAGUCGGCUGCUUCUACUUCUUCUGCUUCUGCUGGGGCGGCGAGUAGUAGUGGCUCGAAGCCUGAGCUGCUCAACCCCAACUUCGCGGGCGUUAACGCGCUUCCGGCUGCGUCUUCUUCAACUGGUAAAGAUGACGACGAUGACGAUGACGACGACGAAGUGGCCGCCUCGCCGCUAGCCACAGAAUUCGCCAAAAUCAAAUCCACCUCCUACCGCGACUCACACGCCUUCCUCUCCCAACACCCCGAAAUCCUCACCGAAAAAGAAACCGACGGCCUGCUCAUCCUCGCCUUCAACGCACAACUCGAAAACCGCGCCGACUACGCGCGCAACUGCGUGCACCAGGCCCUCCUCAUACAGUACUGCCGGGCGCUCGGCCGCGACGGCGUCGCCCUCUUCUUCCGCCGCGUCACCACGCCCGGCCACCAGGCGCAGGAGGUCUUCCUCAAGGAUGUGCAGGACACAUACGCGCGGAUCCGUACGCGCACGCGUGAGAUUGCGAUGCAACGGGCGAAGGAUGAGGCGGAAGGAAAGGGGGGCGCGGAAGGGGUUGAGCAGAUCCAGUUGCAUGCUGUUGAGCCUGGGACGGAGAUCAAGAUCAGGAUUCCGGAAAAGGGGGCUGGGGAUGAGGAGGAAAAGAAGGGGCGGGAGAUCUUUGAGGGGUUUUCGGCGGAUUUGAGGAAGGCGUUGGAGACAGGGAAGCUGGAUGAGGUGAAUAAGGUGUUGGGGGAGAUGAAGGUGGAGGAGGCGGAGGAGGUGGUCAAUUUGCUGGGGGAGGCCAACAUUCUCAGCUUGGAAGGCGGGGUCAUCGACGCCACUACUGAGGAGGGCAAAGACAAGUGGAAGCAAUUGGAGGCAGAGGCCGCAGCAGGGUCCACGAGCGAGUUAGCCGACGACCCGGAAUAA